GGAAGUCUUCAUCAAAACGAAGGGGCUGAUUCAAUCUUUCUCCCUUAGUCAAUAGCAUACUCGCGAAGCACCGAAUCCGACCUCCUGAAUGUUCUGUGGUAGAAACCAAAGAUGACAACUUCGCAGCGACGACUAACCUCUUUCCUUUCUGUAGCUGUCUAAAUUUUAGUUCCCACGUUAGAGUUAUGAGCCAAACGCCAAAAGGAGCAAAGCUUAGAAUUGCCUACUGACCAAGCGAUUGAUGCGAUAGGUAAAGGAAGAGCCUUUCGCUUCCUCAUCUUUCUCUCUGCGACUGCGUUUCAGUGUUGGACUGAGUUGGAAGGAGGAUGGCGGUUCGUAGGGACAAAGGGCAGUCAAUCCGCGGAUCUCGAAUUGCUAUAGCCAUUGUCAUCGGAGUUCUUCUUGGCUGCGUCAUCGCUUUCGUUUUCCCUCACGGACUCAUCAACCCAACUCCCUCUGUUCAAAAUCGUCGAAUUGGCAAAACCAAUUUCCAGAUUGGCUCUUCGUCAUGUGAAUCCUCAGAGCGGAUUAAGAUGCUGAAGUCUGAGAUUGUAUCACUAUCAGAGAAGAAUUCUGAAUUAAAGAAGCAGGUCAGGGAUUUGACAGAAAAGCUACAACUAGCUGAACAAGGAAAAGAUCAUGCACAGAAGCAGUUUCUGGUGUUGGGUGAACAGCACAAAGCUGGACCUUUUGGUACUGUCAAGGCUUUGCGAACUAACCCAAGUGUUGUUCCUGAUGACUCUGUGAACCCGAGAUUGGCUAAAAUUUUGGAGGAAGUUGCCAUUCAGAAAGAGCUUAUAGUUGCACUUGCCAAUGCAAAUGUGAAAGAGACAUUGGAGGUUUGGUUUUCUAGCAUCAAGAGAGUUGGCAUACUCAAUUACCUAGUUAUAGCUUUAGAUGACCAUAUUGUGGACUUCUGUAAAUCUAAUAAUGUUCCAGUGUACAAGAGGGAUCCAGAUGAUGGUAUUGAUGCUGUUGGAAGAACAGGAGGAAAUCAUGCUGUCUCGGGAUUGAAGUUCCGCAUUUUAAGAGAGUUUUUGCAACUGGGUUACAGCGUUCUUCUCUCAGAUGUUGAUAUAGUGUACUUACAAAACCCAUUCAACCAUCUUUAUCGGGAUUCUGAUGUAGAGUCCAUGUCUGAUGGUCACAAUAAUAUGACUGCUUAUGGAUAUAAUGACGUUUUUGAUGAACCUGCCAUGGGUUGGGCUCGUUAUGCUCAUACAAUGAGAAUCUGGGUUUUCAACUCUGGUUUCUUUUAUAUAAGGCCUACAAUUCCUUCAAUUGAGCUUUUGGACCGUGUGGCGGAUCGGUUAGCUCGGCAACAGAACGCAUGGGACCAAGCUGUUUUCAAUGAGGAACUCUUUUUCCCUUCACAUCCUGGGUAUGAUGGGCUUCAUGCUGCCAAGAGAACUAUGGAUUUCUACAAAUUUAUGAACAGUAAGGUCCUCUUUAAAACGGUAAGGAAAGAUGCUAAACUGAAGAAGUUAAAGCCAGUGAUUGUUCAUGCAAAUUACCACCCAGAUAAGCUUCGAAGAAUGAAAGCAGUUGUAGAAUUCUAUGUUAAUGGCAAGCGGGAUGCUUUGGACCCUUUCCCAGAUGGUUCUGAUUGGUAGGAGUGGCAAUGUUGAGGGUCUCAGAUUGAAUGGUUGACCAAUGGCUGGGCUCGCCGGUUCUCAAGUUGCAGAGUCACUUGAUACAGGUAGGUUAUUCUGAUAUUAUCGUCUGAUAAAGUGUCGAAUGUGCAUCUUUAUUCUCCUCCUUUACCUUAAUUUUUGCGUUGUAUUUCUGCUGUAACAUUUGGGCAAAUUUUACAAGCACUUCAAUUGAUAUGACUUGUUUGUGUAUUAUGCAUACUACAAAUCUUAUUAAGGUUUUUGUUGUUUUUCAUGAUAAA